GGACUGGUGCGUGCCACCGACGUUGUCGUUUGGACCUGUGUGUUACGGGUUUUCUUUUAUCGACAGCGGAAAAGUGUCCCAUGUGGAUUGGAUUGCAUUUCCUUCGAAGAAAUAUAUGUAGUUUGAACAACAACGAAUAACUAGGGUUUGAAAGUUCGGCUGCAGCGUGUCAUAAUUGUUCUGGCGACGUUGACAACGACCGAUGGCGUCAUACAACGCAUAACAAAACCUCCCCCCUCUGUAUCACCAUCGAAGAUUGUCGAUAGGAGAUAAGCUACUGUUCAGAAGAAAAAACAACCUGACAACACACAAACUUGUAUCGCAGUAGAACACACUCAUAGAAAUGGGUGUGUCACGAUAGAACACUAUUCAAACGAAGUGAGGAAAAAAACAACGAUAAAAAACGAAAUAGCAGUGCCAGCCAUUUGUUUCUAGCGAUCGUUUUCGGCUGGAAAUAAAACUUCCUACGGAAACACAAACAUUCAUCCCCGCACGCACAGGCGCAACUUUAUGGCGUCUAAAAUGUCUCGCUCCACACCAAUGAAGGGUCGGGAGGAAGGUUUCGAAGAUUAUUUGGACGCACUACUAGCCGACCUUCAGAACACGGUCCCUGGACACAAUCAGCACGGCGGAGGCGGUGGUGGCGGUGGCUCCUCGGUUCCCGGAUAUGGCAGCCUGAACGGAGUCCGGAACAAGCAGCAGUCCAGCCCUAUUCCGCAACAAACGUAUCAAAACACCACUGCUAAAACGGUCACCGAAUCGCGCGCCACAAACGGCUACAAUGGUUCGCUCCCAAGGUCCACCACACCGCACAACUCGUUGCCUCGUUCCGGCACGCCACAGAAACUGCAAACGUCCGCUUCCGGUAACCUCUCGGAGUUGGACUCGCUACUGCAAGACUUGAGCAGUGCCCGUUACGGGAAUGUGGCCGAUAAACAGCCCAACAAUGCCAUCGCCGUUGCUAGUCCCUCGCCGUAUGCCAUAAACGAUAGCAUUAAGCGGCCGUCGGUCGACAGUCUUCUAGAAGAGUUGAAUAAUGCCCACUCGAAUCCAAUCUACGCGGUUCCGCACGGGAAUCAAAGCGCGGGCACACCAGGCAGGCAGGUUACGAUAACGGUUCGUGAAACAACGACGGAGAAGCUAACCGGUACACCAAGUGCUCAUUAUCAGGACCAAAUGUACCAACAACAACUCGUCCAGAACGAAUCACACACGUCGUCGGCCACCAAGGAGCUGGAUGAUCUAAUGGCGUCACUGUCGGAUUUCAAGAUCAGCCAGGGCAGCUCGCACCAGCAUCAGGCGGUCACGGAUUACGCGAAGCCGAACCAGGGAACGUCGCACUACCAGAGUACGCUUACCACGGUGUCGACCACCGAGCACCUGCCGCCGUCGUCCGAUCAGCUCGAUUCUAUGCUCGGCAAUCUCACGGCCGACAUGAGCCGCCAGGGUGUAAACACCACGCAGAAGGGCUGCUGCAACGCCUGCGACAAGCCGAUCGUCGGCCAGGUCAUCACGGCGCUCGGCAAGACCUGGCACCCGGAGCACUUCACGUGCAACCACUGCAACCAGGAGCUCGGCACACGGAACUUCUUCGAGCGCGACGGCAACCCGUACUGCGAGUCGGACUAUCACAACCUCUUCAGUCCCCGCUGCGCCUACUGCAAUGGGCCGAUCCUGGAUAAAUGUGUGACGGCAUUGGAGAAAACGUGGCACACGGAGCACUUCUUCUGCGCCCAGUGUGGCCAGCAGUUCGGCGAGGACGGGUUCCACGAGCGCGACGGCAAACCGUACUGCCGCAACGACUACUUUGACAUGUUCGCACCGAAAUGCAACGGGUGCAACCGGGCCAUCAUGGAGAACUACAUCUCGGCGCUCAACAGCCAGUGGCAUCCGGACUGUUUCGUCUGUCGGGACUGCCGUGAACCGUUCCACGGUGGAUCGUUCUUCGACCACGAAGGAUUGCCCUACUGCGAGACGCACUACCAUGCGAAGCGAGGAUCGCUGUGCGCCGGCUGCUCGAAGCCGAUCACCGGACGAUGCAUUACGGCCAUGUUUAAGAAAUUCCACCCGGAGCAUUUCGUUUGCGCCUUCUGCCUGAAGCAACUGAACAAAGGCACGUUCAAGGAGCAGAACGACAAACCCUAUUGCCAUCCGUGCUUCGAUAAACUGUUCGGUUAGGUUGGGAACAAGCAAGUUGCUUGAACGUGGAUGAAAUUCGUGUUUCUCGAAAAAAAACAUUUCGAAUGCGCUCCUUAAGGGUAAAAA